CAACAGUGAGAGGGCUUAAAGUAUUUUCCAUUUCAUCAGAGAACAUAUAUUCCUUUACUGGUUCACUAAAAUGUUGGUUUUAUGCCCACCCCUUUUCCCAUUUGCCCAUGUCGGCGAAGCACGGCGCAAGGCAUACAAUCAUGAAGAGCUUACGACACUCAGUGAGCGCUAGGUGCCUCUGCAUGCUGGAGCUACAUACUGCUCGGCUGGAAGGAAGGGGAUUCUUGCUGUCUCUCUCGGUUUCUCUCUCUGCUCUAAGCAUCUUCUAACAAGCCAAGCCAACCAGGAAUGGGAAAUAAAGCCAUCUUGAGCCGGUCCGGUCCCUGAAUGAAGUGCAAGCUGUCUCAGUGGAGUAAAAAGGUUCUCGCCGUUCGCUCGUCUCCAAUGAUGGACAUUAAAGAGAUGGUCAAAUCCUGGGGAGCUGUUGAGCAAAGAGUUUUGGAAGGGGCUCCUUGCUUUCUUUUUCUUUUUUCUUUUUUUUUUCCUCCUCUCUCCCUCCCCACGUCACAGAAUUAACUGCAGAGGAAAAAAAAAAAAAGGACCGAGGGGGGAAAGAGAGAAAGGGAGGAAUGAAGAUCAACCCUUAUGCCCAUACUUCUGAAACUUGAAGGUCCUGGGAGUCAGCUUAAAAAUAAGAGAGGAGAGAGAGAGAGAGAGAGAAAGAAAGAGAGAAAAGAGCUAGCUGGACAUGCUGCUCGCCCUUUGAGACGGAGCAAAGUGAGAUAUUGUGAGCCUGCCAGCCUCGCAGAAAGCUGAAAGAGACAGAAUUUGUAGCAACAGAGAGCUCUUUUUGAGCCGUGCAUAUAAUUAAGUCCAAACACAAAGGAAGCCGGUGAAUGGAGCUUGUCACUCUCUGGAAAAAGGGUGGGUAAGACUCUUUUUAAUUUCAUUCUUUUGCGAAAAGAGAGAGAUUUUUUUUUUUAAAAAAAUUGUUCUAUUCUUUGCUGCGGCAACUAAAAUGGACAGACACCCGUGUACCUUGUGAAUGCGUCUGAACUUUAAUGCUGUACAGAUUUUCCUCUGCAUGCUGUCUUUUUCUAGAACAAACAAAAACAAACCCUCAACAGUGACAUCCUUGGCCCGAUGAUUCUCUUAUUUUUGCCUCGUCCCUGUCCCUCUGCCCCCCGUUUGACAUACAAUAUGGUGUAGAAUUCAUACGAAAAGGGCAACUGGCGAACAGAGAGAUUCAAUGGACAUUCUCCAGCAUAUUUGGGGAUAUUCUUGCUAAUGGAUUUCCUUCUUAUUGGUGUCUGUUUAAACUGGCUACUGAGGAAGCCCCCAGGGUUGAUCCUGUGUACGCUGGGUAUUUUUUGCAAAAUGCUUCCAGCCGUAAAUAGCGGGUGUCCACAGCUCUGUCGGUGCGAGGGCAGGCUUUUGUACUGCGAGUCGCUGAACCUCACAGAGAUGCCGCACAACCUGUCGGGUGUGAUGGGCUUGUCGUUGCGGUACAACAGUCUCUCUGAGCUGCAUGAUGGACAGUUCACAGGGUUAAUGCAACUCACGUGGCUCUAUCUGGAUCACAAUCACAUUUGCUCAGUGGAGGGAAAUGCUUUUCAAAAGCUGCGGAGAGUUAAAGAGCUCACUUUGAGUUCCAACAAAAUCACACAACUGCCCAACACCACCUUCCGGCCCAUGCCGAACUUGCGCAGUGUGGAUUUAUCCUACAAUAACUUGCAGGCUUUGGAGCCGGACCUGUUUCAUGGGCUGCGGAAGCUGACGACUUUGCACAUGCGGUCCAACGCCAUCAAAUUUGUGCCCGUCCGCAUCUUCCAAGACUGCCGUAGCCUCAAGUUUCUUGACAUUGGAUACAAUCAGUUGAAAAGCCUGGCUCGAAACUCCUUUGCUGGCUUGUUCAAACUCACCGAGUUACAUCUUGAGCACAAUGACCUGGUCAAAGUGAACUUGGCCCACUUCCCAAGGCUGAUCUCCUUGCACUCCCUCUGCCUACGGAGGAAUAAGGUCACUAUAGUGGUGAAUUCUUUGGACUGGAUAUGGAAAUUAGAAAAAAUGGACCUCUCGGGCAACGAGAUCGAAUACAUCGAACCUCACGUUUUCGAAAGUGUACCUCAUCUCCAGUCCCUUCAGCUGGAUUCUAAUCGACUCACCUACAUUCACCCAAGAAUCCUCAACUCCUGGAAGUCCCUCGUUAGCAUCAGCCUUUCUGCAAAUACCUGGGAUUGUGGCCGUAACGUUUGUGCCUUGGCCUCUUGGCUGAGCAACUUCAAAGGCCGCUAUGACAGCAAUCUCCUUUGUGCCACCCCUGAAUAUGCCCAGGGUGAGGAUGUCUUGGAUGCAGUCUAUGCUUUUCAUUUAUGUGAAGACGCAGCAGACUACACAACUGAUGUUAACCUCCUGUCUGCUGUGGCAAACAACAGUGACCAAAUGUUCAGCAGCAGUCCUGGCACGGUCAACUACGACCUGCAGGACCUCGAAGGGGACAGAACGACGUAUGCCUUCACGGUAACUAUGCCCAACGAGAACGCCGAGAAUGCGGUUCAGAUUCACAAGGUGGUAACGGGGACCAUGGCCCUCAUCUUCUCUUUCCUCAUAGUGGUUUUGGUGUUGUACGUUUCAUGGAAGUGUUUCCCAGCCAGCCUUAGGCACCUAAGACAAUGUUUUGUGACACAGCGUAGAAAGCAGAAACAAAAACAAACCAUGCAUCAGAUGGCUGCCAUGUCAGCCCAGGAGUAUUAUGUUGAUUACAAACCCAACCACAUUGAAGGCGCUCUGGUGAUCAUUAAUGAGUAUGGAUCUUGUACGUGCCAUCAGCAGCCAGCAAGGGAGUGUGAGGUGUGAUGAUUUAAAUGCUUUUUCCGGUGGGGGAUUUAACCGAGUGUGCAACCAAAUAGCUGUGGGCAAAGAGACGGUUGGAUGAGGGUUGACUUGUGUUUACCAGUGCCCUUCUUUGACAAAAAAAUGUUUAAAAAGAGAGAGAGCUGUCCAAAAAGACUCGAUAUUUUAGCUUUAUUGUGGCUUAAAAUCUCCAAGACAUUCGACUUUCAAAAGAUAAAUGAUAUUUCGCAAAACAGCUCUCUCUAAAGAUCUGUCAAUAUACAGAGAGAGAGAAAAAAAUCUGAGAGUGUAAAAAAAGUACCAAUUAUUGACUCUUUUUUUUGUAAAAGAAAAACAGAAAUAAUGUUUAAAAUAAAAGGAAGAUAGCAUUUACAAUUUUUAGACUGGUGUACAUUACCUGACUUGUUAAUCUUUAUGGGGUAAGAUGGGGAACAUGUCUUAAAUUCCUCUCAGCCCUACAGGGUUGAGCCUCGAAAAGCAUGGCUCAGAAUAACCCACAGAGAAGCACAUAUUUAAAUCAACUUGAUGGCUGGAGGAUCCUUUGGUGUUUUGUACCUUGUGACUGUUGCAUUUUAAA